AGGCAGCUCCUCAGUGUUGUCGUAGCUGAAGGGAAGGUGGAGGCGGCUGUAGACGGCGUGCAGACGCGAUAUACACCAGUUAUUCAGUACACUUUGUUAUUAUUAUUUUUUGUUUGUUUGAUUUAGGUGUUUCUCGUUUGCAGAAAAAAAAUGGGAAGCACGGUGAUGGAGUCCAGCAAAGGAAGCUCAAAGAAAAUACCAAAGAAGAGGAGAAGUCUGCGGAUUAACAUGCCAGAUUUUGGGGCGUUUACUGCCCCUCAAGUGGAGACAAGUGGCUCGACCAAAAGCGGAGCCCACACGGGAGAGCGGCUCAUUCGUUCAGCCAGCCCCACCAAAGGAGGUUCUGCGAAGAUCCCGGUCAGUGCUACAUUGCCCCCGUGUCCCCAGUCCGCUCCGGUACAAUCAAAGCCAAAUUCAGGUUCCCCCAAAAGCAUCUUCCCCUAUCCUUCCCAUCAGAACUCACCCAAGUCCCCUCGUCGACUGAGCUUCAGCGGCAUCUUCCGGUCGUCAUCCGGUUCUCCCUCCUCAAGCAUCAAAAUCUUUUCCAGAACCAGAAGAGCCUCUGGACUCGCUACACCACCCGCCACCCCAACCCAGGCAUCUAGCCAACCAGUGUUCACCCAGGAGGCCCAGCAGAGUGGCCCCAGCCCUGAACGCCUGGAGCAAAGCUCUCACUCUCACUCUCGCUCCCGCUCUCUUUCCACACCUCCGGACACGGGACAGCGCCUCAGCCUUCCUUCUGCUAAACCCCCAAUCUCUUCUUCGAACCCCGCACCACCUUAUUCUACCUCACAACAAGUCUACGGUUUAUUCGAAGGCAUGCUGGAGAAACUUGAACUAGACGACGAUGCUGCUGAACCUGAGAGUGAUAUUUACAUGCGCUUUAUGAAAUCCCACAAGUGCUAUGAUAUCGUCCCCACAAGCUCCAAGUUGGUUGUGUUUGACACAGCACUCCAAGUUAAGAAAGCAUUCUUCGCCUUGGUAGCCAAUGGUGUGCGGGCUGCUCCAUUAUGGGACACAGAGAAGCAAAGCUUUGUGGGAAUGCUGACGAUCACAGAUUUCAUCAUCAUACUACACAGAUACUAUAAGUCACCGAUGGUGCAAAUUUAUGAAUUAGAGGAACAUAAGCUUGAGACGUGGAGAGAGGUUUACCUUCAAGCAACAUUCAAACCUCUGGUGAACAUAUCACCAGAUGCAAGCCUGUUUGACGCGGUCUACACGCUCAUCAAAAACAAAAUUCACCGCCUGCCUGUCAUCGACCCCGUUACAGGGAAUGCACUUUAUAUUCUCACACACAAGAGGAUCCUCAAGUUCCUCCAGCUCUUUAUGUGUGAGAUACCAAAGCCAGCUUUUAUGAAGCAGACUCUUGGUGAGCUGGGCAUUGGAACAUACCAUGACAUUGCUUUCAUCCACCCAGACACACCCAUCAUCAAAGCUCUCAACAUCUUUGUGGAGCGGCGAGUGUCUGCUUUGCCUGUGGUGGAUGACUCGGGCAAAGUUGUGGAUAUUUACUCCAAGUUUGAUGUCAUUAACUUGGCUGCCGAGAAGACGUACAACAAUCUGGACAUUUCAGUGACCCAGGCUCUGAAACAUCGCUCUCAGUACUUCGAAGGAGUUAUGAAGUGCCAUAAAAUGGAAACCGUGGAGACCAUUGUGGACAGGAUAGUCAAAGCUGAAGUGCAUCGGUUGGUGGUCGUGGACGAGCGCUCCAGUAUUGAGGGCAUCGUUUCCCUGUCGGACAUCCUUCAGGCCCUGGUGCUCAGUCCUGCAGAUACCUGUAAGGAGGAGAACGUGACUGAAUGAAAAGUGGAUGCAUCAGCUUUAAGUGGAGAUGUGGUGGGAGUAAUUAAAUUGAAACAUUAAGGUAGGGAGUGGCUGAGUGGAGCCAGGCUGAAGGUCCCAGAGACCCCUGAAACCAGUGCACUAUAAAGGCUUGGAAUCCAAAGAGCUAGACUGCUGAGUGAAGUGGACUUCUGCACAGAAGAUAGUUUUUCUGCAUUUCUUCUUCAUUUGUUUUUAACACAGAUCAGAUGCGCACACGUUAAGAGUGUAGGCAACAAUCGGCCGCAACAUUAAAACCACCGAUGGAGGAGGAAGUAAAUAUUGAGUGCGGUGUAAUGCAGUGUUCUGCUGGGUUCCUGGUAUUCAUGAGAUCCAGAACAUUCCUUGCUUGAUGAUUCUAUUAAAGUAAGAUUGAUUGUACUCUAAAUUAGAAAAGGCAAGAAUGCAUCAUAGAUAAGUGUUUUUAAUUUUCUUAAAAUUAGAAGUGGGAUUGGUGAGAUUAAAUGUAAUUUUUUGCAUGUUAUUUCUGCUUAGGCCAUUCUCUAGUGAGCGGAGCAAUUCACAAAAAUGCAUGAGGAACCUGCAGUUAUUAUCCUGUGCAUGCUUGUUGUUUAAUGAGACCAUGCUGUGCAGACUUGGGUUAUGUUGAAAUUGAUUUGUAGUUUCGGCAAAAAAAAAAAAAAAAAAAGUGCCACAUGUGCUCAAUGAUGCACUUUUGGUGCUUUUUUUCCCCCCAGAUGUCUCAUAUUAAUUGAAACAUCCUGUAGUCAUGUAUCAACCAACCAAACAUUUUUGUAAACCAAACCAUCUCUGACCCCAAGUUAAAAAUGCUAAACAGCUUCUAAAUUUCCGAGAUCCCAAUCCGAUCAAUCACCCCUGGGGAGCACAGGUAUGACCCCGAUGCCCCCAUUGUAUCAUGCCAGACAGGACACCCAACGGUCCUGUCUCUAUUCCCCAGCGGGCUGCCGCUGUCUUGGUGGUGUGAUGGAGACCUACCAACAAUAUCGGGUCGGUGGUUUUUAUGUUGUGGCCGACCCCUGUUAACACACUGAGACGCACACUGUCACAAAGACAAAAAUCCAUUACGGUCUCUUUCUGGGGAAAGUUUGGAAAAGUCAACACGGGUUCUAAAGCAUUUGGACUUCAGUGUUUCAGGUUGUGUGGCUACAAUCAUGCUGCUGUCAUCACGAGAUGUAAGUCAUGUUUUGCACCUUGUGGAAAACUUAGUGUAGGAGGGUGACCGUUAACCGAUGCAGAUUAUUUGGUGUGGUAGCAAAAAAUACACAUCACCUACAAAUGUGGCCACUUUAAUGCCAUUUAAAGAAAGUGUUCGCCAGUGCCAAUGCAGACUUGCUCCACGCCCAAUGUUUAUUUGUGCCUUUUAUUUCCUCCUCCCUGCAUAAGUUUGUGUUGUCAAAUGAGUGCAAUGAUGAGUAUGAAUGUGUAAUGUUGAAGCAGAGGGCAAAUUGUACCUUCUGCUUCAGAGAUGUGCAUUAAUUUGGUUGGUUUGGGGGCGGCAUAAAUUUAAAACUGUGUCAAAAGUGUCAAGAAUUUCUGUUUAAUCUCUUAUUCAUAAAAGAAACUCCUAAAUCACAUCAGCACUGUUAAUGCACUGCUGAGAGGAAGAUGCAACUGCACAUUCACUAGUUGCUAGUGAUCAAUAUGACUUAAGGGUGGAUUUUAUAAUGGUAACACAUGAUUGGAAAAAUGCCUUUUUUUUUUUUAAAAAGAUGUUUGAAAGGCCUUUUUUGGGGGGGUUUAUUUUUAUUAAAAAAACAAACAUUUUCAGUAGUUUUGAUGCUUCAGAUCAUCUGAUACAAACACUCACGUCGGUCUGGUUAUCUCAGCUGUAGCCCUGCAGGACUCAUCUCCAUCUUUGACUGUAAAUAGGAUUGUUUUUGGGAAAUGUGUCACAGAAAGCUUUAUUUUUAUGAACGCUGACGUGUUUAAAGAGAGACUGCAGUUUAAUGUUAUUUUUGUAAAUAUAUUGUGGCAAUAUGUCUAGUUCAGAGAACCUUUGUAACGGAUCAACAUGUACUGUAAAUGUGCAAGCAUGAGAAACUACACUUCAGCAGUAUGAAUGUUCUUUCUUUUACUUUUUCUAUUUUUCUGGCUGCAGAAAAAUAAAGAGACACUGAAUGUA